GUGAUGUAUUCUAUUGACAGGGCCAGACCAAAUUUUGGACGCAGAUGACUACACAACCAUAGAACAUACCGGUAGAGUAAGAUUAAGGAUACCGGAAAAUGGAAAAGCCAUCGAGUGCACUCCACCCAUUUCCGUUCCUGGACUUCUUAUAAAAACUGCUCAACAAUACGGUGACACAAAUGCACUAGCUUACAAAGAAGAUGGCAAAUGGCACUAUUAUACUUACAAUGAGUACCUUAAACUGGUACGAACUUGUGCAAAAGCGUUUAUUCAUUUGGGACUGGAAAAGAAACAUUCCGUGUGUAUAUUAGGAUUUAACAGCGUAGAAUGGUUUGUCUCGGAUUUGGCAGCCAUUUUUGCAGGGGGUAUAGCCGCCGGCAUUUAUACGACAAACUCGAGCGAAGCCUGCUACCAUUGCGCGGACUCCAGCAACGCUAACAUUAUUGUUUGCGAGGAUGAGAAACAAGUCGAGAAAAUAAUUUCUAUUAAGUCUAGACUUCCAAAGUUAAAAGCUAUUAUACAAUACUGUGACACACCGACUGCCAAAGGAGUACUAAGCUGGAAAGAUGUUAUGCGAAUCGGGGAAGAACAGGAUGAUAAAGCGUUGGAUGACAUCCUUAAAUCUAUUGGGGUGAACGAGUGUUGUACCCUUGUAUAUACAUCUGGAACAAUUGGAAAUCCGAAAGCAGCCAUGUUGAGCCACGACAAUUUGACUUGGGACGCUCUAGCAAUUUCCGAAAGACUGAUUAUGGAUCGGGGUAACGAACACAUCGUGAGUUUUUUGCCUUUAAGCCACGUGGCGGCUCAAGUAGUGGACAUUUAUACGACAAUGACGAUAGCCGCGACUGUGUACUUUGCCGACAAAAACGCCUUGAAGGGUAGUCUUGUGACAACGUUGCAAGAAGUGCAACCGACGAAAUUCCUGGCUGUACCGCGAGUAUGGGAGAAGAUUUACGAAAAAAUGCAGGAGAUUGGCGCCAGAAGUGGUUACUUGAAAAAAACUAUAGCUACAUGGGCUAAAAGCCAAGCGUUGCAUUACCACUUGGAGAGAAUGAAUGGCAAUAAAACUAGUAGCUGGGGUUACUACGUAGCUUCGUCUGUAAUAUUUAAGAAAAUUAAACAAGCACUGGGACUUAGCAGGUGUACUUAUCACUGUUCGGCCGCAGCUCCUCUGUCGACCGAAGUGAAAAAAUACUUCCUCUCUAUCGAUAUUCCCAUAUACGAAUGUUUCGGCAUGUCUGAAGCCAGCGGUGGUCAUACGCUUUGCGUUGAGAACGAUGUCAAUCUAGAAACGAUCGGUAAGGCUAUACCUGGUAUGAAGUCAAAGUGUCAAAAUCCCGAUCAGGAUGGCUCAGGAGAGUUGUGCAUGUACGGCAGACAUGUAUUUAUGGGUUAUUUGAAUGAAAGGGUGAAGACCGAUGAAACUUUAGACGAUGAGGGAUGGUUGCACACAGGCGAUCUGGGCAGAAUAGACGAAAAAGGUUUCGUUUAUAUAACCGGAAGGCUUAAAGAACUCCUCAUUACUGCCGGUGGAGAAAACAUCCCGCCGGUGCCUAUCGAACAAAUGGUUAAAUCUGAGUUACCCCACGUCAGCAAUGCCUUUCUGGUUGGCGAUAAAAGAAAAUUCCUUUCUAUUUUACUGACGUUCAAAACAGACGUAGAGCCUGAGAGCGGCAAACCUUUGGACACGUUAUUGCCUUCGGUAAGAGAUUGGUUAAACACUCUAGGCUGUCCAGCCAAAACGGUUACUGAAGUUCUUGAAGCCGGUCCUGAUGCAAGAUUAUUGAAUGCCCUGAAGGAGAGCAUCGACAAGGUUAACCAUCAAGCUGUUUCCAAUGCUCAACGUAUCCAGAAAUUGUCCAUUUUGCCUGCCGACUUCUCAAUACCAACCGGUGAAUUAGGGCCAACGAUGAAGGUGAAGAGGCGGAUAGUGGAAGAGAAAUAUUCCGAUAUAAUAGAAAAAAUUUACGAAUAA